AUGGCUUCUCCCAAUACUAAGGGAAUGGCAGUGGCAGAGGCAGUGCCUGGAAAAGUCACGACAAGUCGCCUGAAACCGUCCAAAAUGUCACGAAAGGGACCGUAUCACACGUCAUUUGUGGCGACAGUUGAACGUAAUCAGAUCCCAAUUUCCCAGGUUUUGCUUGCAUGCUUGUACAUGCUUCAUAUCUUCUACCCCAAACUCUUACCCAUCACCACAAAGUUCAUCCAUCUCCAAUACAAGAUCGGAACGGGGUCCGACGGCGCUCCGCUCUACGAUAUUGGCAUCGACGACGCCUACUAUGUGGCUCAUUGGGUGAUCACCCUCACAUUUUUACGAGCCUUCUUGAUGCAAUGGGUAUUUGGACCAUUUGCUAGUAUGUCCAACAAGAUCAAAACCAAGGGAGCCCGCACGAGGUUCUGUGAACAGAGUUGGUUGGUUACCUAUUAUACGUUUUCGUUCGCAUAUGGCAUCUAUUUGUAUGUCCACUCGCCAUACUACAUGAAUAUCGAUCACCUUUAUCUUCAUUGGCCCAACCACAAUAUGACUGCGGGAUUCAAAAAAUACUACCUCAUCUCCAUGGGGUUCUGGUUCCAACAGGUAUUUGUUCUUCACAUCGAAAAACGCAGAAAAGAUCACUAUCAAAUGUUAAGCCAUCACAUCAUAACUUGUUGCCUUAUGGUCGGCUCCUAUAAUUACUACUACUUCCGUAUCGGCCACAUAAUUCUCAUGAUCAUGGAUUCAGUCGAUAUUCUCUUCUCGGGAGCCAAAAUCUUACGGUACCUCGGCUACUCCAAGCUUUGUGACUUGAUGUUCUUCUGUUUCCUUAUGUCGUGGAUCAUCUUGCGGCACGGCUUGUACAACUAUCUUUACUAUCACGCAUGGACAAAGGCUUCAUCGCUCAUGCCCGACGCCAAAUGCAUCCCUGGAGUGUUGCAAAGGCGGUGUUGGACCAAUACUGUGAUCAACACGUUUUUGGGCCUUUUGGGAGGGCUUCAGAUCAUCACCAUUGUUUGGAUGUAUUUAAUCGCAAAGGUCGCCUAUAGAGUAGUUACUGGCCAGGGUGCAGAAGACGUCCGUAGUGAUGAGUCUGAUGAAGAGUAG